GCCAUGUUCGAAUGCAGAUUGGUGCGUCAUUGAUGUACUCAAGUUAUAGAGACUCCUAAUGAACCAUUUCUUUUCUUGCCCUUUGCUGUCAUAGGUCAAGCCUUCUCUUACCGUCCGAAUGCGUCCUAUUCCAUACGCGCGUCGAGGCUCGGUCACCGAAGCGUCGUGGUAGUAAACUACGUCUUCCGAUCAGCGCGAGCCUCACGAAGACGAAGACGCGGCAGCUGGUGCUUACGAAUAUGCGACUGCUAUGCGUGAAACAGAAGGGGGGUGGUCAAGUGAGCUUGAAGAGUGAGGUCGGGUUGGGCGCCGGAGAUAAGGGCAAGGAGCGCGAGAAGCCGAGGGAAGGAAAGGAGAAAGAGCGGGAUGCAAGUAAGGACUGCAGAAAUGUGAUCGAGAGUGCAGAGCCGAAAGGCGAGCGAGAGUUUGUUAUUUUGACUUCUAAUAGAUCACAGACAUACGCUGCAGAGACGAGCGCCAUGUCUGCGAUGUGGGUGGAGAAGAUCAACGAGGCUCUCGUUCGGGGAAAUGCGCAUCUCCAGACACGGACUCAGGCAUGGAGACUGGAAUCAAGAUGAUAUUCAAAUGUAAUGCACCGCAUCUGUGAGCUUGACGACUGGAGGUUGUUAUGCUUUCCUUCUUGACCUCAGGGGACAAAUUCACGCGCGACUCGGGGUAACGAUUUAUGUAGUAAUUGGUAUUGGUAUUGGUAUGCGCGUGCGCGCAUGUACAAUUUGUAUUACUUGCUCGGAUUUGGGAUUGAGUUAUUGGUAUGUUUGUGCAGCAGUUA